CAAGCCCUGGACAAAUAAGAACAAGAGUGGCAUGAGAGUUGAUUAAGUCUUUUUUUUACAGUUGUUGUUUGUUUUUAGUAUUUCCUGAAGAACAUCUUAGCAAUCCUUCAAUCGGUGAAGGCUCACGAAGAUGGCUCGGCAGCAAAACAACCACAAAAACCAGCCCCUGUUGCAGUACGUCUUUCUUAUCUGAGCACUGUAUUCUUAUUUGAUUUAUCCGUAAUGUGAUUUAUCUUUCAUUGGUUGGCUAAAUUUUCUCAACUUUAAUAUCAUCCAGGAGGUGCCCAAGAAGAAAGCGGCAAUGCCUGUGUCAUACAACAGAUAUGAUCAGGAAAGAUUCAAUCGAAAAGAAGGUAAGAAUUUAGCCUGUAUGUCAGACGAUUUCUUCUUCCACAGAUGCCAACAAAGGAAGUGUAAGAGACCUUUCAGAAUGAUACUAUUCAUGAUUUUACUUGUCAGGGGCAGAGUGUUGGCAAUCAGCGGGUUAAUUCAAAGUAUUCUCACAUUAUAGAAACGGAAGGAUUUAACAUCGAUACAAUGGGAACAUAUCAUGGCUUGAGUUUGGAUCGCGUAAAGGUAAGAUCUCCGUACCCAAGAGGUAUAACCAACGGUUUACCGUAUAUGCAUUAUACGAUGUUAUGUGUGAUAAUCAUAUUCCCAUGACAAAAUAACUCAGUUGAGGGGCUUUCUUGCAGGAAGGUGUACAUAAAACAGAGCAAAAACGAUCGUCGCAUUCGUCCAACCAACAAAGACCUUCAAAAUCUCAUUCUUCGGGUAAUUUCUUGUGUAUUAACUAUUAUACUGUGUAUACAGCGCUUGGAUUUGGGUAGCUUUAAUACUGUAAUCAGGGUUCGAUUUAGCGACUCGCUAUUCGCAAUUUGCGAAUGUAAAUUCGCUUUUUGCGAACGCAAAAUCAUCCAUUUUGCGAAUGACGUUUCGAAAAAACAGGUUGAUGUUCACAAUCACUUCGAAUGUAUUUUACUAUAAUGAAAGAUAUAGAGUAUUUUGCUGACUAUUAUUGCAAUUUUGUACUAAAAAGAUGUGUGAAAUUAAGAAUAUGGCUACAAUUUCUUCAGAAAAUUUACGAAAUUCGCUAGGAAACGACCGCCAUUUUGGUUUUUGCAAGCAGUGUUUCCACUUUUUAAAACUAAAAUUUCCUCAAAUUUUCCAAAAGGAAAUUUGCGGAUCGAUGUUUCCUGUCUGAGCCACAGGAUAUCGAACGACAGAAAUUAACAUUACAAUAAAGUUAACAAUUAUUUGAAUUUUCUUAACCAACCACAAAUAACUGUGUGCACAUCAACUGUAGUUUUACACAUUUGAAAUAGUAAUUAACAUAUAAUUUUGAUGAAAUAAAGAAGAGUGUAAUCAUUACGAGAAAUCCCCCCAGAAAUGUACACUAUCUCUUUAUGACUCACUCGUUUUGAAUUUUUGUUACUCACAUGUUCACGACGCUUGCCUUGGUCGGACCUCUACUCGAGGUCUUAAAAUAAUUGAGGAGAAAGUGCUACCUUUACUUUGACAUCAGUAAAUGGUUAGGUACCUCGGAUCUCUUAUCAAUUGAGCAAUAGCCUGUUGGGAAAUCCGCUCACCAAUGAGUGAGAAAACUCAAUAAACUCAAACUAAACUUAUAUUUAUAGUUCAACAGAAACCUGCUCCACAGAUACCACAAAAGAGAGGUACAGUCACUGAACUAUUUUGAUCUAGGCAAGAAGAACAAAACCCAUCACCACAGCUAGAAAGAGCAUGUUAAGAUUAGUAAAAUUGUAAAGUUUGGUUGCGAAAUGUUGUAAAAUGCAGAAAAUGUAGCCCUGCGAAAUUUGCAAAUUUUGUAUUAAUUUGUAUUACGCGCGGGAAAAUGCACCGCAUUUGGGCCGAAAGUGGUGCAACUUCCCGUGCGUAUUACAAAUUAAUACAAAAUUUGCAAAUUUCGUAGGGCUAUAUUUUCCUCAUUUUACAACAUUUCGCAACCAAACUUUGCAAUUUUACUAAUUUUAACAUGCUCUUUCUAGCUGUGGUGAUGGAUUUUUUUCUUCUUGCCCAGAUCAAAAUUUAGUCCAUAGCUAGAAUCAUCCAUUAGGUUGUAGUUGAUUAGCAUGAUUAUGACAGUUACGAUCAUGUACUGACAUUGACACUCACUACUUUCAGAAUCUCGUACUCCUAUAAUCAUUGUUCCUGCUGGUGCAACGUCUUUAAUCACCUUAUUCAACUGUAAAGAUCUACUUCAAGAUUUCAGGUAUGGCAAGCUGGAAUCAUAGAUAUCGCAGACUUUCAUCGUACCAAGAUGGCUAAGAAGUUCUUCUUCUUGCUGAGAAGUUUUUUUCAUUUUCCUUUAAGGUUCGUGACUGCAGAUGAAAAGAAACAAAAUGGCACUCGAAAAGAGAGCGAAGUGUUGAUACAACGUCGUAAGGAAGCGACAGUUCACGGAGCUCCAGGCACUGUCACUGUUCCAUACAGAGUUAUUGAUAGUACACAAAGACUUCAGCCUAACGAUUGGUAAGUCUCGAAAUUCUCCAUAUUUACCCAAUCAUGCUCCUCAUGCUGGCGUGACAUUAGUAUAUGUACUGUACAACAACUUGUGGUCAUGCAGACAGGGGUGGAAAAAAUAGGCGAGAACUGCUCGCAGGAAAUGUUAAACAGCUGCAGGAAAUUCAUUUGAAUGAAGAUUUGCUAUUGAAAAUUUGAAGGAAACCUUAACACCCAUGUCCCACUAUGGGCACAACAACAUAUGGUUGACAGACAUUAUUCCUUGAAUUUAAAACCAUGGUCAGCUAGAACACUAUAUGUUUAUGCACAUGCAGAUUUAGCACAAAAAUACUCCGUUGGUCUGCAGGAAAUUUGUGUCUCCAGGUUGUGCUCCCAGGAAGAAAAUUAUUUUUUCCUGCGCUGCUUGCAGAGCUCGAUAACUGGACUCUUACUAAUGACCUCUUACUGGACCUCUUGGGAGCUAUCCAGCAUAAAUUUCAACAUUUUUCUUUUAAAGGAAUCGUGUCGUGGCUGUAUUUGUCCAAGGACCAACGUGGCAAUUUAAAGGAUGGCCCUGGCUCGCCAGUGAUGGCUCGCCUGUGAACAUCUUUACAAAAGGUGAAACUUGUGAUGUUUCCUUAAAUGCCUCCUUGUUUGCCCACCCUCAAAACAUCGGUGCCGGUAUGCAGAAAAAUUCUUCUCUGGACCGAAAAUUGUUGCCCAACAAAUCCAGAAACAUCUUUGGUUUGGCGCCCUGUAAAUGAACCGUGAUUGAUAUUCUCCUGUUUUUCGUUCUGUAGUAAAAGCAUUCAACCUCAAAUUUGAUGGAGUGGAAACCGAUGCCAACGUUAAGAAGUGGGACGUUCAUGUCUUAACCGUAAGUAUUGGAAAAUUGAAAAUGUGAAUUUUGUUACCUUGAAAUGCUUUGCCAUUGAACUUGGGUCAGUUAAUUGGGUGUUUCUCUUGUAGAUAAGUCGCAGCAAACGUCAUCUCGAUCGUGCCUCAAUGUUGAAAUUUUGGGAGGCUCUAGAUAAGUAAGUCAUACAAUAUAAUCAUCAAUAGAUCAAGAAUAGUUCGUUAUAACAGUUCUAAACUCUUCUUCCUAGAGGUCCAGUCCAGUAAUGGACCAUCCCUUCAUAGUUACACAAGCAAUUUUGUAUGCCUUCAUUAUCAUCGCUUUGAUUGUAGAAAUAUUAUAUUUUAUAGGUUUAUCAUAAAAACCAAACCUCAAUUGAGAUACUGAGCCGAACGUGUCCAUGAAGUACAAGAACCGAACGAUUUUUAACGAAAUAGAGGACAAUCUGUGUGAUUCGUGCCUGAGACAAUAAAAACUAUUUACCCAAAAGUACGAUGAUUCUAAGACUAAGUACAAGAAUAACAGUGCAUGCUGUCAAUAAAAAUUAAAGCGCUUGCAUCGUAGUCAAUAGACCUUUCCCCUUCUUAUUACGUUUUCGUAGCGCUUUGCAUUGUGGUUAUAGUGGUAUCACUGAUAAAGAUAGUGGCCUCGAAUGAAAAUAUUGAAUGUUUUCGCGAAUAUUUUGCUGUUGGCUAUCGCGCACCUGACCCUAGCUUUUUUAAAAAAGUUCUUGCACGGGUCAGGACAAAAAAUAAGCCAUCUUGAAUAUCAGUGAUACCAUUAUAACCACAAUGCAAAGCGCUACGAAAACGUAAUAAGGGAAAAGGUCUAUUAGCCUUUCUCACGGCCGAUUUUCCCGCCAUUUUUUGGGUACUGCGUCUCCCACGUUUGAGAGUCUCCGCACCACGAAAAACAACUUUUUAGUAUUGUAGUUGUUUGUAUAAUGGUAAAUUUCCAAUUACAACUUUUAAAAGUCCUUUUCACAUUGUUUGAAUGGACCAUUUGCAUUAUAGACUAAAUUUUGAUCUAAAUAAGUCUAGACAAAAAUUUCAUCACAGCUUGAAAGAGCAUCACAAAAUUAGUAAUAUUCAAAAGUUUCGUUGCGAAAUGUUGUAAAAUACGGAUAAUAUAGCCUUGCGAAGCUUGCCGUUUUUCAGUCAUUUUGCAUUACGCGGGGGAAACUGACAGCCCAAUACCCUUUGGGGCUAUCAAUUUCCCGUUUGUAAUACAAAAUGACUGAAAAACGGCAAACUUCGCAGGGAUAUAUUAUCCGCAUUUUACAACAUUUUGCAACGAAACUUUGGAAUAUUACUAAUUUUGUGAUGCUCUUUCAAGCUGUGAUGAAAUUUUUGUCUAGAUCAAAAUUUAGUCUAUAAUGCAAAAAUGGUCCAUUGACUAAAGCCGGUGACAGACGAGCAAGUUUUCAAGAGCAAGUUUUCAAUGACAAGUUUUUAUGUGACAAGUUUUAUUUGCUCGUCUGUACGCGCAACUUUGACAAUUUUUUCUAUGACAAGUGCACUUGUUCAAAAGCUAGCAUGCUAGCUUUUGAAGGACUUGAAGAAGUCCACUUGUCAUAGAAAAAUUGUCAAUGUACAAAUUUUGUUCGUCUGUAUGGGUCAACAACACUCUCCUCCGCAGAGUCUGAAUUAUAUAGGAUUUGUAGGAAUAGUAAAGGAUAUUUAGUGAUGCGCGAUGGGGGGAUCGAUGGUUGACAAAAUGUAAUCCUUACGUAGCUUCCGUCUUCCCAUCAUACCUUGCGUAAUUUGUCCUCCCCCCUUAAUAUUACGCAAUUUUACUAAAAAUUCGUAAGGCUCUGCGGAGGAGAGUGGGUCAACAAAGAAAACUUAUCAAAGUCCUGUCAUAUUGCGGCGAUAAACACCUUUUUCUGACACGUUCACACCAGUAAAUAAAACUUGUCAUAUGAAAACUUGUCAUAUAAAAUUUGUUGCAUAUACACACGUGCACUUGGCAAAUAAAACUUGUCACAUAAAAACUUGUCAUAGAAAACUUGCUCGUCUAGAACCGGCUUUAUGCUUGCGCGAAAGACUGUGAUACUCAAAAACAGAACUACGAACGGUUUAAAGUGUAUUGCCAGUAAGGUUAAAGAUUUUUCGUGGAUAUAAUUACUGUAGGAAAGUUUAAACUGGUAAUUGGAAUGAUUGUAGUUUAAGUUAUUGGACACAAUUAGUUAUAAUUGUACUGAAAUUGUAAGAAUCCAUUAUUAAAAAGACAAGUAUGAAAAA